AUUUAGCAGUUUUUGGUACCUCAUCAACGUCAACGAUUCCUUUGACAAGUUUUUGCAGAAAAUGUAUCAAUAUUUGUGGAAUGACGUCUUGCUAGUAAAUCACUAAGAUGGAUAGUGACAGUCUUCCAGAUAUGGCAUGGACACACUCCAAAUUUAGCAGUGGUUCCUAUGCACGCCAACUGCCAGCCCUGGCAGCUUCUUCAGCAGUAGGACCGAUUUCGUCUGGAUUGAACUUGUCAGCACAAGUCAUUACCGAGAGCAUCCGCACAUUGGUAUCGAAUUCUGUUGCGUUGUCAGAGGAGCCAAUAAUACAUGGUGAAACAUAUGCCUCUAAUAGUGCUAGUACAGCAAUGAACAAGUAUUUGGAAUGGAUCAGGUAUAAGGAACCCAUGGAUGUUAACAACAACAGCUCUGCUGGUUCUAGCAGGUCAUUUGUCUUAGUGGAGAAUACAUUAAUAGCUCAAGGGAACAGUACUGACAGCAGCAAUCGGGUUGCUGAGCAAGUCCUCUCUGAUUCACCAACAGUUUUAGACUCGAACGUGGUCGCUGACCUUACCAGUGUACAUGGUGGAGAACGCCAACAGCCCGUAGUGCUCACUGGAGCAUUGAGUGCAGCCGAACAUGAGCUUUCUAUGGAGAUCUCACAGAAUGCACUCUUGAAAAAAAAAAAGAACAUGCUUCAGAGUCCGAGGAAACGACGUAGGUGCACCAGGACAGACACACCUGCAAGUGAGGUAAACGUGAUGUGGAGAAGACAGUCAUCCAGGUUAGUGAACCAAAGAGUUAAGAAGGAAUUAACAGAAGCAAGCUCCAUAGAUAACUGUGCAGCUGCUUUAUCGGGAAAUGAAGGGCCGUGGAAAAGACAGAGUGAUGUUGCUUUAGGUGAGAACUGGAGUUUAACGGUGAUUAACGACACCAGACCAGAAGAAUGCGAGGCCAAAUCAAAAUCUGUUAUGGCUAGGCAGGAGGCAGAGACAAAGAUUGGUGAAGGAUCUACGAUGACAGAAGUCUUGAUGGCAGAAUCUGUGCCACAGAAGACAUACAUGAACGUUGGCAGGGCAGCUAAAGGAAAUGUCAGAGUUUGCAGUGAAGUGGCAAAAGAUGACAUGAAAGAGGUAGCAAACGAAAAUUUAACAGUGUGCAUACCAACAAAUGGUCAGAGCAAUAGUGAGAAUUUGGAUUGUUAUUCUGUUGCCGGUUACUGUGAGAAUUUCCAAACCAUGGACAUUGACAACAACAGUUGUGCUGGGUUCAGCGGGUUAUUGGCUAUAGUGGAGAAUACAUUAACAUCUCAAGGGAACAUUACUGAAGGCAGCAGUCAGGUUGUUGAGCAAGUCCUCUCUGAUUCACCAACAGUUUCAGACUCAAAUGUGGUCGCUGAUUUUACCAGUGUACAUAGUGGAGAGUGCCAACAGCCUGUAGUAGGCACUAGUCCUGUGGCACAAAAAUGCGUAACUGAUAUGGAAGCAAGUCCGAAAAAAAGUGAACCCUAUCUGAAAACCAGAGGUGAGGAUAUUGAGGCAAGGCCGAUGAUGCUCACUGGAGGAUUGGAUGAACCCGAAGCUGAGCUUUCUAUGGAGGUCUCACAGAGUGUACCUUCGAAAAAAAGAAAGAUGAUGCGUCAGAGUCCGAGGAAACGACGUAGGUGCACCAGGACAGACACACCUGCAAGUGAGGUAAACGUGAUGUGGAGAAGACAGUCAUCCAGGUUAGUGAACCAAAGAGUUAAGAAGGAAUUAACAGAAGCAAGCUCCAUAGAUAACUGUGCAGCUGCUUUUUUGGGAAAUGAAGAGCAAUGGAAAAGACAGAGUGAUGUUGCUUCGGGUUCGGACUGGAGUUUAACGGUGAUUAACGACACCAGACCAGAAGAAUGCGAGGUCAAAUCAAAAUCUGUUAUGGCUAGGCAGGAGGCAGAGACAAAGAUUGAUGAAGGAUCUACGAUGACAGAAAUCAUGAUGGCGGAAUCUGUGUCGCGGAAGACGUACAUGAACGUUGGCAAUGCGGCUAAAAGAAAUGUCAACGUUUGCAGUGGCAUGGCAACAGAUGAGUUGGAACAAGUGCAACAUGAAAGUUCAACAGUGUGCAUACUGAAAAAGGAUCAUUGCAGGAAGGAUAAUUUGACAGUGAUAGAUGAGACUGCUAGACAAGUGGUUGGGAUGAGCGAGGCAGAAGAUGACCAGAUAUGUGAACUUGAUCCCCGUCAACUAGAUUGCGUUUUCUAUGUCAGAGGCAUGUACGGAGAUGAGUCAUCCGACAAAUUACCUGAUGGCCCUCCCAGAUGUUCAGACGUUUGUGACAGUUAUGUAGAGUGGGUUCCCAUUGCUCAUCAAGAAGGGAGUCAAUUGCCCAUGUUAUCUGCUUCUGUCAAAUGUGCUAAAUUGCCACAACAGGUGCAAAGAAGUGAUGAAGGGGCAAGCAAACAUGGCAGAGCAGGGAAUCUGGGAGAAGGUAUUGAGCCUGAAGGAAAUAGCGUACUGUCCUCGCCUAGUCUACCCGUACCGGAUGGUGGCAUUUCUGAAUGGAGGUACCAGGUGAAUACUCUUAUUGAAGACUGUGGCAUAGCUGAUCAGUCAUGCUUAGAUGUUGCUCAGAGAGCGACAGUUGGCAAAUUGUUUGACUAUGAAACAGAAGAGUUCUCUUCUCAGGAGGAUGUUGUCGCACCAGAUAUAUCAACUACUGAACUAUUGCCAAAUGAGUUCAACCUGGUUAGUACAGUUAGUGUAGGGCCAGAUGUGGAUCUCACCAGUGCAAAUCUAAUAGGAUGCCCUGAAAUCACAUCAGAAGAAGGUGAUGCUGUACAUCUAGAACAACACCACGUGGAUGGUGGCAGAGAAGGUAGUGAGAACCCAUUAAUGAUGCACACAGUUGAAGCAUUUACCAGUGACAAAAUUAAAUCUCUCUUCAAUGAUGCUAACUCAAUGUGCAUGGAAGCUAACGAGCAAGGUGAUUGGCUAUUUAGCAGGCAGGAUGUCAGCGCUCAUCAUACUGAUACCAUAGAGCUCACUCCAGAAGAAGUUUCUUCUGUAGGCGCUAACUCUUCUGAAUUGGUGAACCUACAAAGGUCUCUCUCACAAGAUUAUAAUGAUUUUGAUAGUUCAUGCCCGCUGGCGAACUCUAAGAUCAACCCAGACAGCUGCGACUGGGAGAUCACCGAUGACAAUUCUACCUGUCAUGAGAAACACGGCGUCUACAUUUUAGAUGAUGACCAAACAGACCAAUCAUCUUUAGUAAGUUCAUUUUCUGAAACCAUGAAUCUUUUAAAGUCUCUGACGGAAAAUAGUAUUCAGACACGUGAUGCUACACAUGCUCUGUUUUUUUCUGAGAGCGAGGUAGCCAGAAAUCCUCUGUCACAGGGAGUUCCUAUUGAAUCAUCUCAUGAAGGGCACCAUGUCAAUACCAGAUAUGUAUUUUGUGCUCAAGAUAUAGAAAGUGCAGUUGAGACGGCCUACAGAAGGCCACCUCACCCUGUUUUGUCAACUGUAGCCAUGGUAACUUGCCAGGACCUAGAACAGUCGGAUGCGGCAACUGUCACCAUGUCACCCUCACAGGACACAGAACACUGUGAUGUGUCAAGUGUCACCAUGUUAACCUCCCAGGACACCGAACAGUCUCAUGUGACAACUGUCACCAUAUUAACCUCCCAGGACACAGAACAGUCUGAUGUUACAAAUGUCACCAUGUUAACCUCCCAGGACACAGAACAGCCUGAUGUGUCAAGUGUUAACAAGUUAACCCCCCAGGACACAGAACAGUCUGAUGUAACAACUGUCGCCAUGUUAACCUAUCAGGACACAGAACAGUCUGAUGUGUCAAGUGUUAACAAGUUAACCCCCCAGGACACAGGACAGCCUAAUGUGACAACUGUCACUAUGUUAACCUCCCAGGACACAGAAAAGUCUGAUGUGACAACUGUCACUAUGUUAACCCCCCAGGACAAAGAGCAGUCUGAUGUUACAGGUGUUACUAAGUUAAUCUCACAGGACACAGAAAUGCCUGAUGUGACAACUGUCACCAUGUUAACCUCCCAGGACACAGAACAGUCUCAUGUGUCAAGUGUUAACAAGUUGACCUCCCAAGACACAGAACAGCCAAAUAUGUCUCCUGUCACUUCGUUUACCUCUAAACCUCUGCAACAGUCCAAUAUAGAUUGUAUCAGUAUAGUUACAUCUGAAUUCCAAGAACAGCCUGAUACCGCCAGUAUGAGGAUAUUUGCCUCUCAGGACCGGGAAGAGUCGGGCAGUGUCUGUUUCAGUAGGGAUGGGUCGCAAUGUUUGACAGAGUCGAGUACAUCAAGCUGUCAUGGUAGUUCUCUUGUUUGGUCACCCAGCGUCGUAUCAACUAUCAGAGGCACUUUACAUCGUGACAUAUUGACCGAGCAUAAUGAUGUCAGUUUUAUCAAGGGCAGUGAAGUGUGUGAUGCUGUGGCAAAAGGAGAAAGCUUACACCUUGGCUCAUAUGGUGCUUUAGAAAAGAGUGUGAAUGACGAAAUGGAAAGGGAAAGUGAGAGGGAAAGUAGCAUAAGUGGCAGUAGGCGUGAAGAGGUCACGUCUCCUGAAUGCAUACAAGUUCAGCAACAAGAGGACGAUGCUAGUGAUAGUAUCAGUGAAGAAACAAACACUGCUGAAGUACCUGAUUUCAAACGAGUAUUGGCUGCUAGCCAAAUAGGGGUACACGAUGGGGGUCAUUGUGGUGUUUCAUUGCCAUUACGGGAUAGUGCUUUAAACCGAGUCACAGAGAAUAAUAGCGAUGGUGAACCAUUAGGGAAUACGCAUUUUCUCUGUGAAAGGGUAGAUGAGGGAAGUGUUUGGCUCACUCCUAGAGGUGACAUAAAUCAUGCAGCUGGACAUAACUCGGAUACAUGGUGGAGUUUUGCCAGUAGUAGUGUCUGUAGUACUGGCCUUGUAGUUGAUCAGAAAAAUUCACUCAUGGGUUGCAAUACUGAUCAAUCACAUAUACAACAUGUGAUUCCCACGAGAGGCACCGAUUUAAAUCAUGAUAUCGCAUUAGGAAACAUAAUUAAUGUUGAGUCAGGCUUAAACACGCUUCCAAUGGACAAACAGAAAGAUAUAAUGCUAUCUCUGUGGGAGGGUGAGGGAAAUAAAUCGCACAUAGAAAAUGGUGAAGAAGCAUCAACGUGUGUGACUGCUACAAGAUCCACUAUGGGAGAAACGAACAGUGAGAUUGUAAAAUAUGAUGCCAAAGGCACAGUUACAACUGAUAAGGUUGAAGAAUCAUCGAUUUCACAAUCAAUGUUGAAACAGUUGCCUCUUCCGACCACGUCGCCAGCAUUGUCGGAUAUAAUUUACGCAAGCGAAUAUGCGGAAGGGGGAGUUGCGAAGUGGUAUUCUGUAAACUUGUGUCAUCAUGAUCUGACAGACACUUCUGAUGACUGCAAAGCUGCACACGAAAGAGGGUGUGAACAAGUUGACAGCUGUAACGUGGUCCGGCAGCUAUCAUUUGACCAGGAAGAAAGUGCAGGUUCUGUUUGUGAUACGACACAGGAUAGCCUGUCUGACGUCACACCGUCUGAAGUAUUGUUGAUACAAGCAUCGUGUGAGAGUGGUGCUCAGAAUGUACCUGUUGGCAGUGACGAAGCUACUGUCUCGGGUAGUGCAGAUGUUACUUGUCAGAAAUCGAAGUCUGCUGGUAGGGAUUCGAGAACGGUUACACGGCCAGGAAACAAAGCACCCCUAUUUACUCCGAAAAAGUCGACGCAACCUAACGAAACGAAAUGCAACAAGAGAAGCGUUGAUGACAUCGUUUUGCCACUUGCCAAAAGACGAUACUCCUCUCUCGAUAUGAAUCCGCCUUGUACUCCAUGUGCAGUGUCAACCCCGUUCAGUGACCCAAGUAACCUGAAUGAUGUGGAGCCAGGGGACUAUUUAAUGGAGAUGGUAGAAUCUCCAAGAAGGAUCACGCGAGCAAUGUUGGCAGCAGCACGACCGAAACUGGUGACAAAAUCGCCAUGUAUAUCCCAUAAGCACGUCUCAGUGGCGGCUGCCACGGGUGUACGCUCAAGAAGCGAAGACACCACCACGCUGGCACCCUCUGUCGCAAAAGUCGGAAGUCCUGCAAAGUCUCUCUCACCAAGUGCUUCCAUUCGGCCCUUGAGCCCUCACUGGAUAAGGUCCACGUCUAGCAGCAUUGAAUCAGACGUGGAGAGCACAGUCUCUCCAAAGGCAUGUCUUGCACCUAAUACGAUAGCUACCCCGCCGAAGAAGAUAAGUGAACAAAUGUCGGCAAGCGCGUUACGGUACAAGGGAGUGGAGAGCUCUUCUGCUCAUGUACCACCUAGUACACCGGCCAAUAUAAAUGUUGGAGCAUUCAUAUGGGCGAAGUUGGGGUCUCACCCAUGGUGGCCGGCAUUGGUGGUGAGCCACAGAGACUGUGCACAGUGUCCUGCUAGAUUCAACUCUACCUGGGUGUACUGGUUUGGUGAUCACAAUGUCUCGGAGAUGCCUUGCUACAAGCUGUCGGACUUUGUGUCCGAUUUUCAGUUCAAGUACUCUAGGACGAUAAAGAGACAUUAUCAUCAGUCAAUAGAUGAAAUCCUGCAGGCAUGCAAGUUGAGAGUUACCUCACCAGACACCACUUUAGAUGAAGAUAACCUCAUUGAAUGGGCUGAAGGAUCCUUUGGCGGAUUGGAUUCUUCGUCCUUUGAUCCACCAUCAGGAUCGAUGGCAGUACCUGCUAGUGUUCAGCCAUACCUGACGUUGGUCCGUGAGAAGGCUGAUGAUAGCCGUGGAAGGUGCACCGAAUCCGCCAAGGACGAGUGCAUGACUGAGGAGGACAUUCAACUCCUUGAGAGGAUUCGUAAUGGAGAUAUGUCAAUAGAAGACAUUUGCAUCUCAUGUUGUCAAGGAGAAGUAAUGUUGGUAGACCAGCAUCCUCUUUUCCAUGGUGGUGUAUGCCAAGCUUGUAAGGAGGAACUUCUUGAGACCCUCCUUGCACAUGGAGAUGAUUCAGCCAAUGUGUACUGCGUGGUGUGUGGAUAUGCAGGAGAACUGUACGUUUGUGAUAACUUUGAAUGCAGCCGAGUGUAUUGCCUCAGCUGCAUAGAAGUUCUCAUAGGAGAUGCACAUGCAGAGACUGUGCGCAGUGCAUCACCAUGGAGUUGCUUUAUGUGUGAAGAUGUACAGGAAGGUUUGUUGCAUCCUAGAAGUGACUGGCAACAGAGGCUUGUGAAGUUUUUCCAAGUAGAGACACAUGUUAUGGGAGAAAUUGAUCCAAGCUGUUUUGUCGAGAAGCGACCAAUCAGAGUUCUCUCUCUUUUUGAUGGCAUUGGAACUGGCAAGUUUGCACUGGAUCAACUAGGGUUGGAAGUUGAGACAUACUUUGCCAGUGAAGUUGACCAGGAUGCUGUGAAUGUCGUAUCAAUUCAUUACGGCAAUAAAGUGCAACAGAUUGGAGACAUCAGCUCUAUUCCAUCAUGCAAGAUUGCAUCACUAUGCCCAAUUGACCUUCUAAUCGGUGGAUCACCAUGCAAUGACCUCUCUCUUGUGAAUCCAUCUCGCAAGGGUAUAUAUGGAGGUUCAGGAGUACUGUUCUUCGAGUUCUAUCGGAUACUAAAGUGCAUCCAGCAGAGUAACCCAUCAAAUCGCCAUCUGUUCUGGCUGUAUGAAAACGUAGUGACAAUGCCAGCAGACUGCAAAGCAACCAUAUCUAAGUUUCUGGAGUGUGAACCAGCCAUGUGGGAUGCACAGUUGUUCUCAGCUCAGAAAAGAGCGAGAUAUUUCUGGGGAAACAUUCCUGGCCUGUACAGUCAUGCUCCCCUUCACGUGGAGGAGAGAGGAGAAGCGAGCAGCAUCAGUGAAAUAUUAACGUCCAGCUGUAACAGAAAAGCUGUGGUUAAAAAAGUGAGGACAAUUACCACGAGGCCUAACUCUCUACGACAGGGCAAACAAGAAAAGCUAUUCCCUGUGCAGAUGAAUGGUGUCGGUGAUACACUAUGGAGUACUGAGCUGGAGAGAUUGUUUGGAUUCCCGGAUCAUUACACAGAUGUUGGCAAUCUUUCUGUGGGUCAAAGACAGAAGCUAUUGGGGAAAGCAUGGAGUGUUCCUGUGAUUCAUCAUCUGUUAAAGCCAAUAGCUAAGUUCUAUAUGUCUACAGAACAAAGUGAUAUAAUGGCAACCAGUGAUACAGCCAUGGAGCAGCAGUCCAGUGACAUCUCUGUCCCAACAAGCAGUGGGAACUCUGUACUCUCGCCAUUGAGUAACACUGCUGUUGCAGCAGCAAGCACGUAUGAAGUGGAGAAACCACCAACAGAUUCACUAUAGUCCCAUCAACGAGUAGUUAUACAGUAGGGCAACCAUCAACAGAUUUACUAGUCCCAUAUCAACGACUAGUUAUAGAGUAGGGCAACCAGUAACAGAUUUACUAGUCCCAUCAACGAGUGCAGUUCACUAUAGUCUCAUAUCGACGUGUAGUUAUAGAGUAGGGCAACCAGUAACGGAUUUACUAGCCACAUCAACGAGUGGGUGUGAGUCGGAACAACUACCAACGUAUUCACUAUUCCCAGUAGCAAGUGCUUAUGAAUUGGAGCAACCACCAAUGGAUUCACCAGGCCCAACGACAUGUAACACCUUGUCAGAACUCUUCUCAGAAUAAUUAUUCAUAUACAGGUACAAGAUACUUUGGAGCAAGUUAAUUAUAACCUAUUGUUUUUGUAAUUGUUAAAGUGUAAUUAUGAGUGAGGUUACAAAGAUACCUUUAAAUAUUUCUUUACAACAUAAUGUAUAUGACAACUAUUUAUACUACAUAAUUGUUCCGUUUUUAUUCAUAUUUUGGAAAAGGUUACUUAAAUAAUGGUGUUUUGUGGCAACCAUGUGUCCGAAUAGAUAAUUUGUUUCUAAUCCUGAUUAAAAAUUACCUCGAAGCCCUUCUUUACAGGCGCAUAGGAGAAAAUACGUUAGAGACACUUAUCGUAUCUAUAAAAACAGUGAUCAAGAAAGAUUACAAUAGUGGUAAAUGUGAGUGGCUAUAACAUGUUUACUACUAUAACUAUAAGCUAUAGUUGUUUUAAUUGUAUGUUUUUGUUUGGUUUAUCAGUUUUCAUGACGUUUUUUGGCAUUAGUUUCCUUUUCAUGUUUGCUAUUUUGCCACGUAUUUGAACAGUGUGAUUUAUAUACCAUGUAGAGCAGCAAUAUACAUGGGUUUGAUGUUACCAGGACCCAUUUAUAUAUUAUAUUACCCAUAUACCCCAUUAUUAUACUAUAAUAAAGUGCAGUUUUUGAUACUAUAAACGUAAGUAUACUUGUGCAAAUAUAGUAAUUUGGUUUAUAUGACUGCUGAUUGGUGGCAUGGUGCAUUAUUCUGUAAAAUCUGAGGUCAUGACUGACAUUUAGCAUUUUGUCUAGAUAUUUAGGUAUUACAAACUUGUAGAUUGACAUUUUCAAACAAAACCAGUUGUCCUUGUCAGUGUUAUUUUAUGUGCAUUUAUGCUGUUUUUUAUGUUUAAAAUAAAAACUUAUUUAUUA